AAAAGCUCCAUCACAUAUUCACAUAGGUGGGGCAGGGAACAAAAGCAAGACGAAGAAGAAGAGACAUUUAUUAUCAUCCGGACAAAUACAGGGGGGUUGAAAAAUAAAGCAAGGACUCGGUAGGUGGAGAAGGUGUUAGAACACCGAAGAUGGAUUUGGAAGAUUCCAUGAAGGGUGCUGCAAAUGGUAUCAGUAAUGAUAAAAUUUUCAGAGCUGAUAAAAUUGAUCUCAAAAGUUUGGAUGCGCAGCUUGACAAACACUUAAGCAGGGUUUGGUCCAAGAACAUUGAGUCCAAAAGGCCUAAAGAAGAGUGGGAGAUUGAUUUGGCCAAAUUGAAUCUGCGAUAUGUUGUAGCUCAUGGGACCUACGGUACUGUUUACAGAGGCACCUAUGAUAACCAAGAUGUUGCAGUGAAAGUUUUGGACUGGGGUGAGGAUGGUGUCGCCACAGCUGCUGAAGCUGCUGCUUUACGUGCAUCAUUUCAGCAGGAGGUUGCUGUUUGGCACAAACUCGACCAUCCAAAUGUUACAAAAUUUAUUGGAGCUUCAAUGGGAACCUCAAAUCUUAAGAUUCCCACAAAGAACUCAUCAAAUGAUGGUCAAGAUUCCCUUCCUUCUAGGGCAUGUUGUGUUGUUGUGGAGUAUAUCCCCUCUGGGACGCUAAAACAACUAUUGUUCAAAAAUAGGCAUAAGAAACUUGCUUUCAAGGUUGUGAUCAAGCUGGCUUUAGAUCUUGCUAAGGGUCUUAGCUAUCUACAUUCAAAGAAGAUUGUACACCGUGAUGUCAAAGCGGAGAAUAUGUUGCUAGAUGGCCAUGGAAACUUGAAAAUAGCUGAUUUUGGAGUCGCACGAGUUGAAGCACAGAAUCCUAGUGACAUGACUGGUGAAACUGGAACUCUUGGAUAUAUGGCACCAGAGGUUUUGGAUGGUAAGCCUUACAACAGAAGAUGUGAUGUGUACAGCUUUGGCAUUUGCUUGUGGGAAAUAUAUUGCUGUGAUAUUCCUUAUCCAGAUCUUAGCUUCGCUGAUGUGUCAUCGGCUGUUGUCCGUCAGAAUUUGCGACCCGAAAUCCCGCGAUGUUGUCCAACAUCAUUGGCUAACAUCAUGAGGAAGUGCUGGGAUGGGAAUCCAGACAAGCGUCCAGAAAUGGGUGAGGUGGUGAGUUUGUUGGAAGCCAUAGAUACAAGCAAAGGAGGAGGAAUGAUACCAGAAGAUGCCAAACCAACUUGCUUCUGUUUCGCUCCAUCUCGUGGUCCCUAACUCUUCAAUUCCUUGUUGAAGCUGAACACACACACACACACACACAUCAUUGCUCAAGGGAAGAUUUUGAGAGAGAGAGAGUUGCAGGUGGUAGAUUUUAUUGCAUGCUUUGCCACAACAUACCCUAACUUGCUUUCCUGGUUAGUGGUAGAAGAGAUGAAAGAUCAUGAAAACAAAAGGGAAAUAAUGUAUGACACGUUUGUUUUUUUGGUGUAAUGAGAAGCAGAGAU